AAGCGGGGAACAUUACUUCGUCCCAAUCCAUGUGAAAACCACACCCCUUAUCGUUGUCGUACUCUACAUCAGACAUCGAAAAUACAUCUUCGGUGGGUUGACUCCAUCAACAACAAGUCGUCUAGCGGCUCUCCAACCAUGGUAACUGAGCACAACACCAUCAUAUUCAAACUCAUCCACCAAUACCCGACGCUCUGAUUUAGGAGUCUCUCCAGACAUGGAUUUUGCUUUGGAAGAGAAGAGAAGAAGAAACCGAGGGAGGAGGAUAGCCGAUGUUGUUUGUGUGUGAUUUGUCUUAAGUAGACAAAUGCAACAUGUCCUUAGAGAAUAGAAACAAAAGUACAAAACCCUCACAUGAGUACAGUAACAAAAAAGGUCACAUGU